AUGUUUCAGGUGCGUAACGCAACAGCGGUAUUCAUCAUCAACCUCAGCGUGUCAGAUUUGAGUUUUUGUUGCUUCAACUUACCACUGGCUGCUUCUACAUUCUGGUACAGAUCGUGGAUACACGGCCAAUUGCUUUGCCGCCUCUUCCCGUUAGUCAGAUACGGUUUGUUAGCCGUGUCCCUAUUUACCAUACUGGCUAUAACCAUCAAUCGAUACAUCAUGAUUGGACAUCCGUCGCUUUACCCAAAGUUGUAUAAGAAAUUCUAUUUGGGCGUUAUGGUGACGGUGACUUGGGUCGGUGGUUUUGGGUUACUGAUACCCACAUGGCUUGGAAAAUGGGGCCAGUUCGGUUUAGACGUGACCGUUGGCUCGUGCUCCAUACUCCCAGACUCUGUUGGUCGGUCGCCAAAGGAAAUCCUGUUCAUGGGUGCAUUUGUGGUGCCUUGCUUGUCUAUUGUGGUGUGUUACGCUCGGAUUUUCUAUAUCGUCCGAAAAACAGCCCUCAAGUCACGGGCUACGGUGACAACUAACCCACGUCACACGAUGAAUACCAAGCCGUCGGACGCCACACCCUAUUACACUCUCAAGACCCGCUUCAAGGUGCCCGAGAUAUCAACAGACUCGGCCAUCGGAUCCAGUACAGCUACCGGCACGUGCUCCACUACCGAUUCGAAGGAACAAAACUUCCUUUCCCCACAUGACAUUAUCGCCAACCCUAGUUCGUCCGGACUCGAAGAGAGUUAUUCGCCGAUAUCCUUCUCUGAUCGCAGGAGUUCCAGACGACGCGACCGUUCACCAUCGUCCGCCCUCAACGCCACCAUCACUCAAGUCGUAUCAGCGGUGUUUCAGACAAAAGAGGACUCCUCUCCGAGGACACGCAAACAGAGCACCAUUGGCGUUGACAGGAUGUCGUCGAAAGACAAGAAGCUGCUAAAAAUGAUCCUUGUAAUAUUUGCAUCAUUUGUCACAUGCUACUUGCCGAUCACCAUUAGCAAGACAUCACACGAACUGGACGACUUGCACGUGCUAAACAUAACCGCAUAUGUCCUAAUAUAUUUGACCACGUGCAUCAAUCCAAUUAUUUACGUGGUCAUGAGCUCCGAGUACCGUCAAGCGUACAAGAACCUGUUGAUGUGCAAAAGUUCGCUGGAACAACAACAGACCCACAGAGGAGUGACUAAAAAACUGUCCGGUCCAUAA